AUGUUGACAUCGUGGAUUCUCCUAGGGCUCGCUGUGCCUGCAGCGGCGCAGGUGAACCGAUCUUCUCACUUUCUGGGCAAGCAGAAGGUGGCUGCGAGCUCCGAAAGCCUACGCUGUGGUGGACUCGAUCUACCGGAGAACGCAGGAUGCAAGGAAGUGGUGGAGUGGGCAGCCGGUGGAGGCAAGUGGGACAGCGCGGCAGGCGGCUGGUACAAAGGCAUGCCGACGAUCACCGGCGUCAGCCACGAGCAGGGCAACUUGCAGGAUUUCCAGCGGCUUUACUACUGCUCACCGCCUGGGGACUCCUUCUGUGGCCUGCCGCCCUGCACGGGAUGCAGCAAUCCGCCUUGCAGCGAUUGCUUCGCAGGCAACCAGCUAUAUUCCAGCCUUCGCCCUGGUUGCGAUGGGAAUGACAAGGGUGUUGGGUGCGUUCCGCCGAAGACUGCCUUGGGAUACAAGGGUCAGCAUUGGCCAACCACGGUUAUCCACGGCACCCAAGAGAUGCACAUCUUUGCUAUUGGCGACUGGGGUGGCAUGGAUGGCUCGCUAGACCCGCCAGAGGGCCGCAAGACCAUCGUCGCUUACGAUUGGGGACGCCGGCCCGGUCCCAGCGUCUUCCCCAGGAGCCGCUGGAACAAGAUGCACACUGUGCAGUUCUGCGACCAUAAGCAGUUCGUGGAAUGCUUUAACACCCGCGGCCAGGCUCCAUGUGCCCCAGAGUGUGGCUAUGUGGCAGGCGUAGAUGAUCAGCCCCAGCUUCUGGUAGCCAAUGCCUUUAAAGCCCGUGCUGCGCUCGUCGACCCACAGUAUAUCCUCAACGUAGGUGACAACUUCUACUGGGGUGGUAUUGAGAAGACAUGUGGGAGUCCGAUGGAUCAGAUCUCGUACCCGACGAAGCACCAGUUCGAUCAAAUCUUCGAAGGCGUCUAUCAAGGGGCCGGCCUGACCAACAAGCCCUGGUUCAGCGUGUUGGGCAACCAUGAUUGGGGAGGCUUCAAGUUCGACAACGGCUGGGAUCAGCAGAUCUCCUACACCUGGGCUAGCAACCGCUGGGUCAUGCCCGCGCCGUACUACAAGACCUCCGUCGUGUACGCAGAUCUCGGCUUCGACGUAGACUACUUUUUCUUGGACUCCAACUUCAUCGAUGCCAUGCCACCAGAGGAGGACCCCAACCACAACAUGUGCAGUCGAAAGAACAACAAGCCCUCCGCCUCCUGCGCCGCAGCGGAUGGCCCCGAGUCCGUGGAUGCGUGCCCGGGCUGGUUCGCGUCGCUUUGGGCUGAGCAGAAGCCAUGGGUCACGCAACUCAUGGGACAGAGUAAGGCGAACUGGCAGAUUGUCGUCACGCACUUCCCCUGCGGACAUGAGCAGGACUUCUACAAGUCUUUGCAGGGCCUCGGGAUGGACCUGCUUGUGACAGGGCACCGGCAUGAUCAGGAGCUCUGGCUCCCGGAUGAUUACGCCAAGAACCACAUGGGCGUAACAUGCAUCGUGACCGGCGGUGGUGGCGGCAUCACAUCCGAGGCCACACCGAAUCCUGAGGAGACUGAGGACUGGUACGGCGAGGCGCAGUAUGGUUUCUAUGACCUCACCAUCAGCAAGUCGGAGAUUUUGAUUGAGUCCAUCAACUACGAUGGCGAAGUGCUGUUAACGCACACCGUGCACCCAUCGCGCUGA